UUUCCUUAAAAUAUGGCUGCGCCCAGGCACAAUUUGUUUCGGGUGGUUUAUACUUGCUGGCUUCUGUGGCUGCGAUCCGCAGAGUGCUUAGACGAUAGCGAAGAAGAAGGAAAGUCCGGGAAAGAGGAGGAUCAGGGGGACUGUGGUUGCAGCAACAGUCGUGCAAGCGAUGCGGAAAGAGCUGCACGGAAAUACUCUCUGGAGGCGAAUGUUUCCCAGCAGCCAAAUAAUCGCCGUGGAGACGACCGCUCGAAAAACGAGGGUAUGAAGAUGGUCCCGAUUCCAGCUGGAGUGUUUACAAUGGGAACUGAUGAGCCCAUUAUAAAACAAGAUGGAGAAGGGCCUGGAAGGAGAGUCCACAUUGGUCAUUUUUUCAUGGAUCGCUAUGAAGUCAGCAAUGCAGAGUUUGAGAAGUUUGUGAAUGCUACUGGCUAUGUUACAGAGGCAGAAAGAUUUGGUGAUUCCUUUGUAUUUGAAGGCAUGCUGAGUAAAGAAGUAAAGAAUGGAAUUCAGCAAGCUGUUGCAAUUGCUCCUUGGUGGCUACCAGUUAAAGGAGCCAAUUGGAAGCACCCAGAAGGCCCUGAUUCUCAUAUCUUAAAGAGGCUGGAUCAUCCAGUUCUUCAUGUUUCUUGGAAUGAUGCUGUGGCCUUUUGCAGUUGGGCAGGAAAACGGUUACCAACUGAAGCUGAAUGGGAAUAUAGCUGUCGGGGAGGUCUUGAAAACAGACUUUUCCCAUGGGGAAACAAACUUCAUCCAAAUGGUCAGCACUAUGCAAAUAUUUGGCAGGGAGAAUUCCCUAGAAGCAAUACAGAGGAAGAUGGCUACAAAGGCACCGCACCUGUAACAGCAUUUCCUCCAAAUGGUUAUGGCUUGUACAACAUUGUGGGAAAUGCCUGGGAGUGGACAUCAGAUUGGUGGGAAAUUAAUCAUUCUGCAGAUGAAACAUACAGCCAGAAAGGACCUUCAGAAGGGUCGGACCGAGUGAAGAAAGGUGGAUCCUAUAUGUGCCAUAAGGAUGGCACCACUUGGACAUUACAUUGCAUUGCAUGAAAUUAAGAAUUUGGUACAAACUUGUCCUCUUCUGGAAUAAACCUAAGAGGAAUUCAACUGCCUUUGCUUGUUUUUGAUUAAUCAGUUAAGUGGUUGGAGAACAAUCCCCUAUGGUUUUCAGACAACCAACCAGCUUCAAAGUUUAACUUUCAGUUUAACUGAAAUCAGGAGCAAAACUUCUGUCUCACUAGAUAGAGAAAAGGACAAGAUCAAAAAAUCUUAUUGCUUUUACAUUAAAUAAGGGAUUUUACAUCCAAAUGUCAUCAGCACUCCAAAUAAUUCAAUAUGUCAUUUAAAAACAAAUGAAUAUCAAAAAGUGUGUCACAUCCAUGACCAAAAUAAA